AUGGGCUGGUUCUCAUCAAGCGACUCCACAAAGGCCUCUGACGGCGGCCGCAUUGCGCCCGAUCGCUCCUCUCGACAACAAUGCUGGAACGGGCGCGACUUGUUCUUCGAGUGUCUCGACCGGAAUGACAUUGUAGACGGUAUCAAAAAUGACUCUGAAGCUCGCAAGAGAUGUGGGAAGGAGAUUGCAGAGUUCGAGGGUAGUUGUGCUAAAGCUUGGGUCAAAUAUUUCAAGGAGAAAAGAGUCAUGGAGUACAACAGGGACCAGACCAUCGAACGGAUAAAGAAAGAAGACCAAGCGACUGCCGGACGAUAG